AUGAAUACGUUACUACUCCCUCUGUUGUUAACCUUUCUUAUCUUCUCCCAAGCUCACCAACUCUCCGAUGAACCACCACCUUCAUCCACUGUCUGCAUCAUCGGCGCCGGAAUCGGCGGUUCCUCCGUCGCCCAUUUCAUCCGCAAAUACUCCCCGGAGCUCACUCCCACCACCAAAAUCCACGUCUUCGAGCGCAACAGCAUAGUCGGUGGUCGCACAGCCACCGUCACCAUCGCCGGAGAAACAUUCGAAGCCGGAGCUUCCAUUCUUCAUCCAAAAAACCUCCACGCAGUCAAUUACACAAAGCUUCUCAACCUUAAGGCUAAAGAACCAAGUUCGGGAUCAUUCUCUCUCGGAAUUUGGGAUGGCGGUAAAUUCGUUUUCAAAACGGUUGAAAUCAGUAGCAAUCUUCCCUUCAUCGAGAAGCUUCUCAAACUCGCUUUUGUUGAGAAUCUUGUUUCACUCGUCAAUUCGGGACUCAUGUUUGUUCGCUAUGGUUUCUCGCUCUUUAAGAUGCAGAACUUUGUUCAGAUUGCUGUGGAUAGGUUCUCAAAAUACUAUGAGGAAACUGAUUCAAGACCUGUUUUUGAGACUGUGGAUGAGAUGUUGAAAUGGGCUGGUUUGUUUAAUCUUACUACCAGAACUCUACUAGAUGAAUUGGUUGAUGUUGGCCUGUCUCCCUUGUUGAUCAAUGAACUUGUCACGGUCAUCACACGAAUUAACUAUGGUCAAAGUGUCUACAUGAGUGGGUUGGGAGGUGCAGUUUCGCUGGCAGGAUCGGGUGGAGGAUUAUGGGCCAUUGAGGGGGGCAACUGGCAAAUGGCUGCUGGACUGAUUAAUCGGUCGGAUGUUGCAUUACAUCUGAACGAAGAAAUAAAAUCUGUUGCUGACCUUGGAGAUUAUUAUGAACUCAACUCAACAAAAGGAAACAGUUACAUCUGUGAAGUUGCUGUGGUUGCCACACCAUUGGAUGAGAUAAAUAUUCAAUUUAUUCCCCCAAUUUCAAUUCCCGAGAGAAAACUACAGCAUACACAUGCAACUUUUGUCAGAGGCCUUCUAAACCCUAUAUAUUUCGGUCUCAAGGUUGCGGCAAAAAUUCCAGAUCUUGUGGCUACGUUAGAGGACCCUACACUUCCAUUUACAAGCAUUUCAGUUCUCAAGAAGCACAAUGAAGAAGAAUCAACUUACAAAAUAUUCUCUCGUCAACCAAUGACAGACUCGUUACUUGAUAGCAUUUUCAGUGUGAGGAAGGAGACAAUUCGGAUAAACUGGGCUGCCUAUCCUCAGUAUCAUGCCCCAGAAAUAUUUGCACCGUUUAUAUUGGAUGGGCGACAUCUGUACUAUGUUAAUGCAUUCGAAAAUGCGGCUAGCACCAUGGAGACAAGUGCUGUGGCAGCUGAGAAUAUUGCCCGACUCAUACUCUCGAGAUAUUUUCGCAAAGAGAGUAAAUCAAGCAAUUAUAACCAACAGGAGGUUAAUCCCUAG